UUUCCUUUCCGUGGUGGCGUUUCCCCCAAUCCGUCCAUCCCCGUACCUGACGGGUGCGGGGAAGAGGGGGGGGGCAGGAAGAGCUCAUAGCAGGGAAGUUACAUUUCCCCUGCCUCGCUGCCACAGCCGUUCCCGCGCUCGCUGUUUGUAGAGCAGCUGCAUCAGCGCUUCAUUCCCCCCCGCCAGGCUAAGCGGGAGGCAUGAAGCUGACGAGAGCCCAGUACGAAGAGAUUGCCCAGUUCCUAGCUCAGGUGCCCCCAACUAGACAGAGCCUGAGGAAACUGAAGGCGAGAUUCCCCAGUCAAUCGCAGUCCACUCUGCUGAGCAUCUUCUCCCAGGAGUACCAGAAACUAAUCAAAAGAACACAUGCUAAACAUCAUACUCCAGAGGCAACUGAAGCUUACUAUCAAAGGUACCUGAAUGGAGUGAUCAGAAAUGCAGCUUCUCCUGUAUUAUUGGAAAUGGCCAAUGAGGUGGAUUUUGCCCCAUCACUGAUGGCUCGAAUAGUGUUGGAAAGAUUUCUACAAGAACAAGAUGGAUCAGCCCCUACCAAAACUCUUAUAAACAGUAUGCUGCGGGACCCUUCUCAGAUUCCAGAUGGAGUUCUAGCCAAUCAGAUCUAUCAGUGUACUGUGAAUGACUGUUGUUAUGGACCACUGGUGGACUGCAUCAAACAUGCAAUUGGACAUGAGCAUGAAGUCUUACUGCAAGAAAUGCUUUUGGAGAAAAACAUAUCUUUUUUAGCUGAAGAUCAGUUACGUGCGAAAGGUUAUGACAAAACACCAGACUUCAUAUUAGAAGUACCAGUUGCUGUAGAAGGACAUAUCAUCCAUUGGAUUGAAAGCAAAGCCUCUUUCGGUGAUGAAUGUAGCCACCAAGCCUACCUACAUGACCAGUUUUGGAGCUACUGGAACAGGUUUGGUCCAGGACUAGUUAUCUAUUGGUAUGGAUUUAUCGAGGAGUUGGAUUGUCAUCGCAAUCGUGGUAUCUUGCUAAAAGACUCCUUCCCUACAGACAUAGUUACUCUUUGAGACAGCAUGGCUGAGCAAUGAGGAUGGAAGAAAAUUUAAAGGAAAAGGCGAAUCCGGAAACAAUUUUACUUUCCUGCAGUAUAAACUACUGGCAACAUCUGCCCUGAACUUCAGUUGAACUCUUACUGCCUGGGAUCACCCCACUGCUACUUUAGACAAACACGUCAAAGGUUUCUGUUUUACUUCAAUCCUCUGCUGAUGCAAGCAGCCAAAAAAUACAGACACAGCCCAAACUUUAUCAGCAUUUCUGUCUCUGUCAAACAGUUUAUAGAUAGCCAUAAUCUUCCUUCCUUCCGGAUGGCUUCUCCUUGCACUUUGAACAAAAGGAGAAAUCUGGAGGCUAAAAGGUGUGACUUUCAAUUUUCCUCCCUGUUAUGAAGUCACCAUUAAAAAAUGACUUCUGUCACACAAACUUUUUUUCUGGAAAAUGUUAAGAAUGAAGCUCAUGGAAACUUGGUUAAUGCUAAUUUCCCGUUCUUAAUACUCAUAUUGUGCCAAGCUUGUACAGCGCAUAUAGGUGGGAGGAGCAUGUUUCCUGGCAAUGCAUUGUUUUAUCUCUGGACUUCCAGGCUUUGGGGGCACAAAGCUAGGCAGCUGACGCUUGUAAUGUAAUUUUAAUUUCUGAUAGAGGUAACUAGAAAUAUUUUUAAUUGUUUUGUAUGUCAGAUCUUGAAAUUAAAACACAGAACUGUUUAUUCUGUACAAUAAGGUGUAAAUAGACAUUUUAGUGCUAACAUUUUAAAGUGAAAUAAAUUGCAACAUUGUUCAAGCUUGGGUCUUACCCUGGCCAUCUGUAUUACAAAGCUGCCUGCCAUCUUCCUUUCCUAA